AGUAGCCACGCCCCCGCAGCCCCAUGGCCACCAGCACCAAAGCAACGCAACUACAACCGGCGACAUCGUCUUCUUCGCUUGGCGUCAGUUUUUCGGGCCUGAUGGAGAACAAGGGGGCGGCAGCGGUGCCGGAGAAGGAGGCGCAAGCGCAAGCGCCGGCGUCGUCGUCGACGUGCUUCAAGUGGACGAUGGGGGAGGGCGCGACGCUCAUGGAGCGGGCCAAGGACCAGUACAGGCAGUUCACGGAGGCGCAGGCGAGCGAGCACUGGGAGUGCAUCAAGAACACGGUCAGCUCCAUGUUCGCCGAGCCCAUCCCCUUCUUCGGCGGAGGCGCCGCCAAGGACCACGGCUCCAGCAGCAGCAACAGCUCGCCGCCGCCUGUCGAGUCGCAGUAGAUCAUCGACAUCGUCGUCUUCGUCUAGAUGGCCUAUGUAUAGUUUCUACUGUAUGUUUCUAGAUAUCGUUGUCGCUAAUUAGUUCAGGUCUUGGAUUAAACUCGAGGAACUGUGUAUUGAGGAUUUUGAGUUGAUUUUUUUUUUUUGAGAAACGGAUUUUGAGUUGAUUAAAUUAGUGCAGUGAUUAUCUCGGGCUUUA